ACUGUAACGGAGGCCUCGAGAGAGCUCUCUUCAAUGCCAAAGAUGGAUUGUGUUUUUGAUCGCUGUGAUGUCUGCUUUAAGAAGAAGAGAAUGAAUGCUGACAAUUUAGGGUUUAGUGGAGGAAGAGAGAAGUAUGCAGAGACACCACCCAUCAACAGCUUUGAUUUUCUGGGAUUGGACAUGGCCAAUGACGAGAACCGAGAUUUAAGCCGUAGACGAUCACCCAUGACUGCUACUUACGCUUGUUACAACCACAGCGAGGAUGCGGAGGUUGUUGCAGUUCAUAGGAAGGGAAACUCUGUGAAUGGAAGAAUUUUUAUGGAGUAUGAGUUUUUUCCGGGGAAAGGAGAACCUUCAACUUCAGUGGUUGGUGGUGGUGGUGGUGGUGGUGAAGCUUCUCUUGCAAUACCAACCGCUGAAGCUGCUACUACCACUAGUAGUAGGAAUGCUUCUAAUGUUGUUGAUUUGUCCCUCAAGCUUUCAUAUUAGAAGCCAAAAGAAGGAUCUGUUUUUGUUGUUUUUGCUUUUGUGUUUUAUCAUGUUUUCACUUUUGUGUGUAAUGCAUGUGAUCCAGAACCCAACCUCACAGCUUUCUCAUUACCCUUUUCUUGUGAAAAGCUAAUACCCCUACCCAAA